UCAACUUUUACCAGGCCCUGUUUGCUUGUUUGUUAGGUCUCUCUCUCUCUCUCUCUCUCUGUGUUCCCGGAAGAAAAUCAAGCAAACAGCAUCUAUCUCGAUCGGCUCCGCACGUAAUUAUUACAGGUUGCUUGCUGACAGUGAUACACACACCCACCAACCAAAGCACAAAGCAUGAGCAGGUUAGCUGCUGCUCAGUUACACGCACAGAGAUGGAGCACGUCAGCUGGUACUUCCGAAAUACGGAGCGUCAGCAGCUCAACUGGUGCUUCCGAGUACCGUUUUUUAUUUACCGGUGUGAAUCAAAGAGAAGAUGUAAGAAUCUCAUUAGACUCAAUUCCCAGGGACAGGUUCAAAAUCUGUAUAGAUUAUGAAGAGAGAACUCGAGUCUUCCAGUGGAUUCCUGGUGAGCAUGUUCCAGUAGAACUUCCUUAUGCUACUACAUACCACCUCCUUGCUGAGAGGAGUUUCUAUGUCCCUAUGCGUGAUGUCAAGCAAUUUUCAUCAAGGCCUAAAUGGACGCAUGUCUUGGCUUAUCAUCUUUCCAAGAUCGGUGUCCCACAAGGUGCGCAGCCAGCUCUUAUUGUAAGAAUACUUGAUUACAUUGAAGAGGCCGACAACGACAGCUUUGAGUUGCCUAUUCUUGUGCAUAUUGUGGAUGGCACUUAUCACUAUCUGAGGUUGGACCACGACAACGACAUCCUUGAUAGGGUUAUGAGGCAAUCCUCGGAAGCCUACAGGGCCAUGCUUAUUCCUGCAGCUCAAUCAUCCAUUCAGGGCUUGGAGAAUGUGAGGCUUGAUGAUCCUACUUUGGCCCCGUCGUCCGCAUGUAUUAUUUGUAUGGAGGGCCUCCUCCUUGAUCAUCAUGAUGAUCAUCACUCUGAUAAUAUUAAUGUCGUCCCUGCUUCACAAGAUGAAGAUGAUGACCAUGAUCAAGAUCAAGGUCAAGGGGUUGAUCGUCAUCGUCCACCAAUGAUGAUCAAACGCUUGCCCUGCUUACACCAGUUUCAUGAAGAUUGCAUCGUCCCGUGGCUGCAGAUCAAUCACUUGUGUCCCCUGUGCCGAUACCCGCUGGAAGUGCGCGAGUCAUCAAAACCCAAACGAAGGAGAUUAUCAUGAAAUAAUGAAGGGAGACCUGCAGCCAUGAUGCUCAGCUGGAACAAUAUAUGAGGUAAUCGCCACUCUCUGUGUGUGUUUCACUAACUGAGCUUCUUGAGAGGCAGAGGUAGUCGGCAGGCGAUCUAACCACACAGAAAAAGAAAGGAAAGGUGUGGUGUUUGGAGAAGGAGACUUGUGUCUGUAGGAUCAAUUCUGAUAGUGUGUGCAUUGUGUGCUGGAAUGGGGCUGUUGAUGCUCAACGUAAGACAAGUUGAUCCUCCAACGAGCCCCGAUUUCCCUAUGCAAAUUCACAAUUUGGUUUUGGAGUCUGAAAGCGGUGGUAGGGUUGGGGUUAAGGACGAGCCUGAGAUCAAGAGUAAGAGAAAAUCCAACUCCUGUGCUACGGUGGAAGAGAUGGGAAAGGACUUCAAAGGAGGGUUCUGGGAGGAAAGUCUCAGAGUCAGGAAACUUAUUCAGCAUCACUUUGACUUGAAUGCAUCCUACUUCGAGUGUGGAAUCUGUGAUUCAUCCUAUAGAACUUUUGAGGGAUGGAAGCUCAUACGACUCAUUCAAUUUCAGGUGCUUCCCAUGCCCGAAAUCUUCGUCUGGAACAGUUUUGUCACCAUGGCUUUGUGAUGGGUAAAGCAUCAGAGGCAGGUUUCGGGAAAGAAAUGUACAAAAUUUUAAGUGGUGCAGCAUUGAGUAUACUUUUAAACCGGUCCCUGAUCAUUGGGCAAACCAGGCAUAUUGGGGAAAAUUCUCUUUCGGGGAUUACAUUUCUUAUUCCAAUGUUUCCUUUACCAUGAGAGAAAUUAAGCAGUAUCAAUGAAAUGCGUUCGAGAUUUCCCGUCGGUCAUGAGAUUAAUUCGAAGAUAUAUCUGUGGAGGGGAACCCGUGGAAUCUCGAAGUUGAUGCUGUUGUAAAUUCGACGAAUGAGAACAUGGUAGAAGCACAAUGCAUCACUGGCUUGCAUGCUGCAGCCGGACCUGGUCUUGCAGAAGAAUGUGCUGCACUGAUGCUGAUAUUUCUGUACUCGAGAGUGGAAGAAGAAGAAGAAGUGAAGAAGGGUAGUGUUGGUGCAUAGUAUUAUUAUUCUAAAGGAUUGCAUAAUUUGGUCGCUAAAGAAAAAAUGGUGCAAGGUCGGUCACUCAGUCAGUACUUUCUGAUCACCACACCCACAUCCUGGCUUGACUGAACUGAUCCUCCACCUCCUGAACUUCCCAUACUACCACAUGUACUAUUAGAGUUUGUAUAGGAAAAACACCUUUGUCCCACAUUGGAGAGAGGCACUCUCACUCUCCUUGUGUGGUUUAUAAGGGUUGAAGCUGUGGUUAUUAGGCAGCAAGAGGACUAUAUGAUUUCUUUGCA